GCGGCGCGAUCCUUCAUAUCGCAGCGCAGUAGGAGCGGCAGUCCAUCAAUCGCCGUUUGUCACUUGCCAGCAUGGCCCAGGAAGCAUCGCCGCGAAAGCUCUCCAUGUCGCCCACGCGCCGCAUCGAGCGCGGCCUGCGCCUCGAGACGCUGGACCUCGAGGCCGCGCCACUUGGCCAGCGCGUCUUCGAGUACCUCGACAAGGACCACAAUGGCACGAUCUCGGCGGCCGACAUCUUUGCCGAGUUUGACCAGUGCGGUCUGCGCCACGACGACCCGCGCAUCGCACCGCUGUGCAAGCAUCUCGAGGCCCAUCCCGACUUGGUCAUGGACUUUGACACGUUCCAGUCGACGACCAAGGACUGCGCCGAGACGAUCGAAAAGUGCUUUGGCGGGCAGCUCUGCAUCCCCAAGUUCAACUCGUUUCGCUCGGACGUCGAGGCGCUCUUCGACAAGACGUGCGCCAAGAGCGGGCUCACGGCGCGUACGUCAAAGGUGACGUUUGCCGUCUCCAUGUGCACCGUCGACGGCCAGCGCCACGUCAUGGGCACGUCGCCCCAGCCCGGCAACAUUGAGUUUGGCUUGGAGGAGUGCUGUAAGCCCAUCUUGUACAGCAUGGCGAUGGAGACCCACGCCGACAUUGACGAGUACAUCUCGCACGAGCCGAGCGGCCUCGGCGCCCACGCCAUGGCCCUGCAAACGAAGAAGGACAAGAAGCGGCCGCACAACCCGCUCAUGAACACGGGCGCUCUUGUCUCGUGCGCCCUCUUGCUCGACGACAACGGCUCGGUCGAUGCCAAGUUCAACGGCUUCUUGAACCGCGUCAACACCCUCUUUAGCCGCGAGGAUCGUACGACGCCCUCGUCCUCGGCAAAGCCCUCGGCCUCGUCCAUGGAGGAGGCGACGUACGCGAGCAUCAACAAGUCGAUCGCGUACAUGCUCGAUGCGGCCAAGUGCUUUCCGUCCGCAACCAACAUUGACGACGUCAUGGCGCUCUUCUUCCGGUCCUGCGCGGCGCGGUGCACGGUCGACGAGCUCUCGGUAUUCGCGGCGACGCUCGCCAACGGCGGCAUCCACCCCAUCUCGGGCGACCGCGUCAUGCAGCCCGAGACCGUCCACCAUUGUCUCUCGGUCAUGUACUCGUGCGGGCUCGGCACGUACAGUGGCGAGUGGGCCUUCCACGUGGGCAUGCCCGCGCUGAGCUCGCUCGGCGGUGCGAUGAUUGUUGUCGUGCCCGGCGUCAUGGGCUUCUCGUCCUACUCGCCGCCACUCGACGCAUCCCACAACUCGAUCAACGGCGUCUCGUUCUUCAAAGCGAUCGCCACCAAGUUUACCUUUCACAAUUUCGACUCGCUCCCGAUGAUCAACCUCGCGCGCAAGGACCCGCGCCGCGACUCGCGAUUGGUCCAAGAAGAGAUUACGACCAAGCUUUUGAUUGCGGCUGCCGAAGGCGACGUGUGCGAGAUCCGCCGGCUGCGGUCGCGUGGCGCCAACCUCAACGGCACCGACUACGACGCCCGCACGGCGCUGCAUUUGGCGGCCUCCGAAGGCAAGAUCAGCGUCGUCAACUACCUCGUCAAGCACGGCGCAAACCUCGGGCCCGUCGACCGCUGGGGCGGCACGCCCAUGUCGGAUGCCAUCACGUUUGGCCACCUGCACGUGGCACAGCUGCUCACGAAAGCGGGCGCGACGUCCAGCAAGCCUUCGCCGGCCCCGGUCGCGCGCCACGCGUCCGCGACACGCCCGAUGCUGCUCCGCGACAUGACGUGCUUUUACGCCGCCGCGAACGGCGACCUCGACCACCUCAAGUCGCUCCUCAGCGAAGGCUUCGCGUUUGCCUCGUUGCGCGACUAUGACGCGCGCACGCCGCUGCACGUGGCGGCCGCCGAGGGCCGCCUCGACGUCGUCCACUUCCUUGUCGAGCGUGCCAACGUGCCGAUUGACGUGAAGGAUCGCAGCCAGCGCACGCCCUUGUCCGAGGCGCGCCGCGGUGGCCACGCACCGAUCGUCGACUUUCUGCGCAAGGCGCUCAAGGCGCCGAUGGCGCAGCACCCGCCAAGCGCGUUCCCGUCGACGCCGGCCCACGACAGCGAUGACGAGCUCGAGGGGUACGAGAUGUCGUCGCAUUCGGCGACGCAGUUUCUCCUGCGCGCCGAGUCGCGCGAGGCCAACAAGGCGGCGAUCCUCGGCGCGACGGAAGCGAGUGACGACGAUAGCCAUCUCGCCAAGGUCAACGUGCGCACGCUCCUCCGCACGCUGCGCGAAAGCGGCUUGCUCGAGAACGACCCGCGCCUGCGCAAGCUCGUCGACAACGUCAAGCUCCUCGGCCUCGACGCGACCCUGUCGUACGAGCAGUACCGGUACCUCACCGAAAGCGGUGCGAUCCUCCUCGAAAAGGCCAUGGCGCACGCUCUCAUCAUUCCCAACUUUGGCGCCUUCUGCGACGAGAUGAUUGAUAUCUUUGAGCGCGCCAAGCUCAACCGCGACGGCCACAUUGCGACGUACAUCCCGCAGCUGGCCAACGUGGACCCCGAGAAGUUUGGCAUGGCUCUCUGCACCGUCGACGGCCAGCGCUUUAGCCUCGGUGACGCCACCGACAGCUUUUGCGUCCAGUCGUGCAGCAAGACGAUCUCGUACUGCUUGGCGGUCGAAGAAUUGGGCCCCGAAAAAGUGCAUUUUCACAUGGGCUGCGAGCCGAGCGGCCUGCGCUUCAACGACUUGAGCUUGCUCGAGCGUCACGGCUUUCGCAUUCCGCACAACCCGAUGAUCAACUCGGGCGCGAUUAUGUCGUCGUCGCUCAUUCGGCGCGACUUGCCGCUGCACCAGCGGUUCGAGUACGUCAUGUCGGUCUGGAGCGCGCUCUGCGGUGACGCCAACGUCGGCUUUGACAACUCGGUGUGCCUCUCGGAGCGGUCGUCCGCGGACCGCAACUGCUGCCUCGGCUACAUGAUGCGCGAGGCCGAGUGCCUUCCGGACGACACGGACCUCAUGGAGACGCUCGAGUUUUACUUUGAGCAGUGCUCGCUCACGGCCAACUGCGCGGCCUUUUCCGUGCUGGCGGCGUCGCUCGCGACCGGUGGCGUCUGCCCGCUCACGAACCACCGCAUCUUCAAGGCCGAGACCGUCCGCAACUGCCUCAGCCUCAUGUUCUCGUGCGGCAUGUACGACGCGAGCGGCACGUGGAGCUACCGCGUCGGCAUUCCGGCCAAGUCGGGCGUCUCGGGCGUCCUCCUCCUCGUCAUCCCCAACGUCAUGGGCGUCGCGCUCUGGUCGCCGCGCCUCGACGAGAUUGGCAACUCGGUGCGCGGCAUCCAGUUCAGCGAGGAGCUCGUGCAGCGCUUUCCGUUCCACAACUUUGACGCGUUCGUAACGCACACCAAGCUGCCGUCGCCCGUCUUCCGCGCGAGCGCUGCGAGUUCCGGGGUCGCCUACGACACCAAAAUGCGCCGCAAGCUGCUCUACCAAGCCCUCUACGCCGCGUACGAAGGCAAUGUCGAAGAGAUGCGCCGCCUCAAACUGCUCGGCGCCGACGUCAACGCGGCAGACUACGACGGACGCACGGCCAUGCACAUUGCGGCGUCCAUGGGCCACGUCGCGGUCCUCGAAGAACUCGUCUUCCAAGGCGGCAACGUGCACGCAGUCGACCGCUGGGGCGGCACGCCGCUCUCGGACGCCACCCGCUACGCCCCGUCCAACGCGGAUGCCGUCGUGCACGUUCUGGAAAAGGCCAUGCGCGCGCAAGCCUAGAGUGCGAGAUACGUCGGCUCAAUAGACGUGCGUGGUGCUCCCUUGUU